AUAGUUCUGCUCUCCCAGAAACCCCCCAAGACUUAACCACCAUGAUUCAGAAUCUCAAACAGAAGUUUUCAACCCAAGAUGCAGCUGAAGCAAAUAUGACCAACAAGAUCAAGAAUGUCCCACUUGUUGUCCACUGUGGUGAUGGUUCUAAGCAAACGGGAGUAUUUUGUGCUUUGCUAAAUCUCUUGGAAUGUGCUGAGACUGAAGGUGUAAUAGAUGUUUUCCAAGUUGUGAAAGCUCUUCGUAGAGCCAGACCAGAAAUGGUCUCCUCCUUUGAAGAUUAUCAGUUUCUAUAUGAUACCAUUGCAAGCCUGUAUCCUGCCCAGAAUGGACAGCUACAAAAUGCCCAAUGCCAUGAACAAAUCACUAACAUCCAGAAGGAAGCCAAGAAGGAAGAAGAGAAUAACUCUUUGGAAUCUGAUUUCCAUCUUAUGAGUCAAGAAAAUGGAGAUGAUGCUGAAAUGUGUGAUGAUUUCAAAGGCCAGGAUACAUCUAGGGAAGCAGAGAGUUCUUUUAAUGGACCUACAAAUCUGGUUUUAAGUGACAUGGCUUAGACCUUGAAUCAAUCCUCUCCACGUGCUGCAGGGAAUCUUCCCGCAAAAGAAAAUUGAAACCAGAAUAUUAGAAAUGGGCAUUCCUUUACAUCUUGUAAAACUCAAAGGAUUAUUUUCCUCCAAGGAAUAAUAUUGAAGAAUGAGGAACUUUUGAAUAGAUAGAAGACAACUGUGAAUUUUGUAUGUGUGUUUGUAUGGAGAUUUGCCAUUUUUAAUCACUGGGUAUAAUCUGGGUAUAAUCUGUACUUUGAAUAUUUUUGGAAGUACAAGAUAUAUAUAGCUCCAAAAGAAGAAAGCUUUUCUACUGUUCCUUGUUGCUGUUGUU